CAUUUUCUGAGUUAGUUGAAGUUGAUUUUUCAUUAAAUUAUACAUUUCAUCCAAAAAAAAUAAAGAAUAGCCAUAAUAUAUAUAAAAUCCAACAGUAGAGAGAACCACAAGAAGUAGAGGUAGAAAGGCAAAGCUGAAUUUCUUAUUAAAAUUUCUGUUGAAAUUUGUCUCGAAUCAUAUCUAGAAAGAGAAAGAUCGUGCAUUAGAAAUGGAUUUGGGGGAGCUUUUGGCAAUCUUCGGGCCGGGCAUCGCCGGAGCCGUUUUCGGCACCGGCUGGUGGUUUUGGGUCGACGCUGUCGUCUGCAGCUCAGUCAAAAUCCCUUUCGUGCACUAUCUACCUGGAAUCUUUGCGUCUUUAGCUGCUUUGAUGUUCAAUUGCGUGAGGAAAGAGGAUAUCGAUUACUCACCCUAUGAAGAGGGUGAGUGGAGGUUGAAACUUUGGCUUUUCAUUGCAUAUGUUGUGUCGUUUGUCUCGUUAGCUGCUUCAGUUGGUCUACUGAUACAAGAUGCCCUUGUGAAAACCGGUCCUUCUUCAUGGACUGGCAUUGCAGGUGUUCUUCAAUGUGUAUUUGUACUAAUCAGUGGCCUGAUUUAUUGGAUUUCCCAUUCCGAAUGAUGUGUAUAUUGUGAAUGAUCUGUGAUUAUUCUGCUCGACGAAGCUCUCACCCGAUGAUCUUCAUGUGGAAAAGGAUUGAAGAAAAAGAAAAUCAAAUGAAGACCAGUUGAUGAAUCUUCCAAAAUCGAACAUGUGGGUUCGGUUCUUUCCAUUUUUGUUUAAUUAAACAAAAUGAUUGAUAUAAAUUUUGACAUAAUAAAUACACAGGCGAUAAAAUUUCGUAUUUUUACAUAUCAAACCAACAUUUUCUUCUCUUACACAUCAUUUAUACAAUUCAUUAUAUUAAAAAAAAAUAAUGUUAAAGCAACAUUAUUUUUUUAUUUUACCCUUGUGCACUUUCUUUACUUUUUUAUUUCUCUCCUCUUUGACAAUUCACUUAUUUUAUUAACUCAAAAUAAUUUGAUAUAGUGUAACUUCUGUUACAGAAAAUGAAAUUGCAGGAUGUCACCUCAUUUGAUUGCUACACAAUUAUUUCAUCUUAUAAAUAAUAAAACAAACUAAUUGUCUUGUAUCAUGUAAGGUUCUUUUCCCAUGAUGAAUAAAAUGGACAUUAU